CCCGUCUUUCAGGGUUGUUUUAUUUAUGUAAAAUUUCAGAGUAUGGCAACUGUGUAUAUGAAAACAUUGAGUACAAUAACAAUUCUUAGCAUAAAAACGUGGUAUUAAUUUUAUUAUACUAUACUGUAGCACUGAAUUUUCUCAGAAACGUGUGAUAACGGUAUAGUGUGUAAAGCAGAAAUCCUUGGUAAAGGUUAUUUUGUUUUUAACAAAUUAUUGUUAAAUAAUGUUGGCUACGGUAAAACAUUUACUCGCACAAAAGCGUAUAGUAUUGGCAAGCAGUUCUCCACGACGUCAGGAGCUGAUAAAGUCAAUUGGACUCAAUAUUGAGUUAUGUCCAUCUAAUUUCGAAGAAAACUUGGACUAUCAUGAUUUUGAGGAAUUUGCUGGGUUUGUUGAAGCAACUGCUGAUGGCAAGGCUGAAGAAGUGUAUCAACGCUUGCACACCGCUGAUCCUGCAUCGGAUUUACUGGUUAUAGGCGCCGAUACAAUGGUCACGUUGGGUGAUGACGUGUAUGGCAAGCCAAAGGAUGCCGCUGAUGCUGUUCGCAUGCUGACGAAUCUUUCCGGCAAAUGCAAUCGCACGCAUACGGGUAUUGCGCUGCGUCACAGUAAAGGCAGUCGACAUUUUACUGAAACUACUGAUGUAUACUUCGGUGAAUUGAGCAAAGAACAAAUUCAGGACUAUGUUGAUAGCGGCGAACCGCUUGAUAAAGCGGGCGCCUAUGGCAUACAAGGAAUUGGAGGCUCCUUAAUUGCCAAAAUUGAAGGUGACUAUUACUGUGUCAUGGGUUUGCCAUUACAUCGACUGUGCAAGGAAAUCUGUGCUUUGCUUGAGGAAACCGAAAAUGGUUUCUCUGCCGAAAAGAAAACUAGAAAAGAGUGAUAUUAACUGGAAUGAUCGAUAGCGCCUUUUCCACCUCAGAUAUUCAAUGUGAAUAUAAAAGUCAUAGAUAUAUUUAUAAGUGAUCUUAGUGAAUUACUGAUUGUCAAUAAAAUUAAAUGACAAUCUGUUUAUACAAAAAAAAAAAUUACAAAAAUGUCUUUC